UUUUCAAAAUAUGCCAGCAGCAUCAUAUUCCCUGCGCUCCAAUUGUUAAAGGCAUCCUUUGAAGUGCUGGAUCGUCAUCAAUUUAGUAUUAAGUAAUUGGAGGCUUCGACUGCAAAAUCUUUGUUCAGUUUGGUUUGUUAGGUGUUGUCUCUUGCUUAUAGGAAUAUGCCCUCUGGCAUGAAGAGAAGGUGAAGGCAACCAGUGAUGGUGAUGGGGAAGAGGCUGGCAAUGAAGUCGCCGUUGCUAGGCAUCAACAAGCUAUGGGCAGCAAGGAAAGGUCUCAAUUCUCUGCUGCUCUUCCUCAUCGCAGCCUCCGCUCUUGCCAUAGUUGCCGCCAUCUGCAGGCAGGGAGCGGCUGUUACUGAAAGUUCAUUGUCCAGAGAAGGAUCCUUUGGAGCACGCCGGAAAUGUGAGCCGUCCUCCGGCAGAUGGGUCUUUGACAAUCAAUCCUAUCCUCUGUAUCCUGAAAGAAGGUGCUCUUUCAUGUCCGAUCAGUUGGCCUGUGAGAAGUUUGGGAGGAAGGACCUGAGGUACCAAAAUUGGAGGUGGCAGCCCCAUGACUGCAGCCUUCCCAGGUUCAAUGGCACAAGGAUGAUGGAGAGGAUCAAGGGGAAGAGGCUGGCGUUCGUUGGGGACUCAUUAAAUAGGGGACAGUGGAUAUCAAUGCUGUGUCUCUUGGAGACUUCGGCAGGCCUUGCUAAGAGCCCUAUGAUCUUCAGCGGCUCUCUCACGACUGUCAGAUUCAAGGAAUAUAAUGCAUCAGUUGAAUUCCACUGGUCUCCUCUCUUGGUUGAGUCCAACUCGGACGAUCCAAUAAACCAUCGAUUACCAGAAAGAAUUGUGCGCCUUGAAUCGAUAGAGAAACAUGCACAGCACUGGACGAAUGCUGACAUCCUGAUCUUCAAUUCCUACCUGUGGUGGAGAAGAGAUCCCAAAAUGAAGGUCAUAUGGGGUUCCUUUGAGAGCGAGGAGAAGGAAUAUGAAGAAAUAGCAAUGCUCACCAGCUUCAAGAUGGCACUUAAGACAUGGGCAGCAUGGUUGCACUUACAUGUAGACCCCGUCAAGACACAAGUCUUCUUUGUGACCUUGUCCCCCACACACCAAUCGUCCAGAGAGUGGGACUUGGACAGUGAAGGAAACUGUUAUAACCAGACCGAUCCCAUCAACAAAGAAGGGUACUGGGGUCGGGGCUCAGACAGGGCGAUGAUGAGAGCCGUGCAGGAGGCUGUAGACCAACUCAAAGAGAGCAAACCUGAGCUAAGCAUUGCCAUUAUCGACAUCACCCAGCUCUCAGAGUACAGGAAGGACGGCCACCCUUCCAUCUACCGGAAGCAAUGGGAGCCAUUGACGCCGCAGCAGCUCCUUACCCCAACCUCCUUUGCCGAUUGCAUCCAUUGGUGCCUUCCAGGCGUGCCUGAUGUUUGGAACGAGCUUCUCUAUGCAGCCCUCUUCCCAUCUCCUCUAUAACCAUACACCAUAUUUGCUUCUAACCCACUCAUGAAGGCUUGAGUGGUGUCUUCUCUUUUUUUUUUUUCAUCUCUUUAUUAUCUUGGUUCAUUUCUUCACUAUUUGUAAGUAUCUUUUUUACCGAUCUUUAAUUUUGUUUGUAUUUUUUACUAGAAAAGAAUAUUUCAAUAAUACAACAUUUCUUUUUUAGUGUACGGACAGAUCAAUAAUAAAAUUUGCAUAGAGUUUAUGGAAAUGAUACCCCUUUA